AUGACAAAGAAGGUACACCAACCAACACAACAGAAAGCGUCUAAAAGAACGAGGCACAUUCCAAAAGUGUUUACGCCUGAUGAUGGAAAGAAAAAAGUAUACUGCUUGUGUCAGGCAGAAGACAAUGGAUUUUAUCUGGUCUGUGAUUCCAAGCAAAACGGCUGUCUAGAAUACUACCACCCCGCUUGUGCUGGUUUAAAAGAGAUACAAUCAAGAGAGGUUGCUGUAAAAUAUAGUAACUGUUCGGACGGUAUGUCCUAUAUAUGCCCCCUUUGCGUUGAGAAACUUGGGCGCAUGAAUUGGUACACAGCGGCAGACACUUACAAUCAAUCAAGUAUCACAUCAGGAAAGAAUAAAAUAGUAGACAGCAUAGUGAUACCAUCACAAGGGGAAAUGAAGAAGUAUUCCUCACCUUCAAAUCAAUAUAAGAAAGACUUUCCUGAUUCACCUGCAUGCAAAUUAAACUGGGAGAUAUCUAUGGAUGAAAAAGGAAGUUUUUUUGACAACCUAGGAUAUAAAUCAGACAAUGGAAUAUCAAACGAACAAUAUGACACAGAAGAGCAGGACACUGACGGAAAUUGCAAUAGUGAGGAAGAUUUUGAAAUAGCAGCUGAGGACAAUCUGCCAAUUGAAGAACACGAAUUGAAUACGGAACCAAAGGAGGUUGACAAUGAAAACGCAAACAGUAACCAUCCUGAAGUGAAGCUUUUUUCACAUGAACCAUAUGGCCAAAAACAAGAUGAUGGAAAAGUUAAUGAAUUGUUGUCCGAUGCUUCAACAGAUAAGGAAGACAAAGAUACAUACCAUUUCCAUCAAUACAAAAAUAAUGUAAGUGUAGAUGGCCAAGACCCUGAAUUAAUGUUGAAAAGAAACGAUUUCAAAGAAAAUUCCUAUUGUCAAGAAGAUGGAAUGCCUACAAGACAUUCUAAACACGAAAUAAUCAAAGUCAAACGUCAUCAUAAAAGUGACAGUGAAUACGAUUCAUCCCAAUCUGAACACGAGUCAGACGAAUGUGAAAGUAAACAACGAAUGCCUGUUCCACUCGAUACGAUACGUAGAUUGAUGGAUUGUCCUGAUUUACCGAAACAAAAUUCUUUCUUCUUGGAAAACCUUCCAAAAACCUCUGUCUUUAGAAUAUCAGAUGAUGAAUGGAAUAAAAUACGACCGACUCCAGAAAAACCAAACACAUUAAGACGACCAUGGACUGAUAUUAUGGCAAGAUACAUGAAAGAAUCAAAUGACUUUUGUACAUUUCAAUUCCAACGACAUUACAUUGCGAAAGAAAAUUCCAGAAAACGAAAUACUGUCAUAGUGUUUUCUGCUUAUGGCAAGUGCAUAUUUCAAGAUUGCUCGUGUACGUUUGAACUGGCUAUGAAACGCGAUGAUUUCGCUGAAAAAAAAAUCAUGGUUUUGUACAACGGGUCCGUAAAACACGCAGCGGGCGAACGCCAGUCUAGAUUCAUCCAGAAUGAAGAAAGGAAAACAAUGGCGAAUAAGUUUCAUAAAGGACAUGAUAAACCGUCUAAAAUCUAUCAAGAAUUGAAAGAUAGUCUUUCAACUAAUUCAAAAGCAUCGUGUAUUAGAACUGGAUGCGGAAAUCAACCAUGCACCAUACGGAAAAUCGCAAGUGAAGGGCGACAACAAACUCAAAUGGACAAAGACAUUGUUCACUCGAUGAUAAAAGUAAAGGAUGAAUUAAUAAAAGAGGAUAAUGAUCGUGCUAUGCCACCUACAUAUGUUAAAGGGUUCGUUCACACUAUUUCUCAUUUCCCGCUGGUCGUACAUAUGUGGACUGAAAGCCAAAUACGUACGUGGCAUCACAUAUCCCACAAGGACAUAUCCUAUAUUGAUGCAACAGGAACGAUCGUGAAGGAUUAUGACGACAAACGAGUAUUAUAUUAUGUUCUUGUUGUUCGCCAUCCUAAAGUAGGAAACCCAACACUGCCAGUUGCAGAAAUGAUCACAAAUGAUCAAAGUGCAUAUAGUAUACGCACUUUUCUCGAGCGAUUUCGAAGAGAUGAAGGUUUGAUAUUCAAAGGGAAUGUAACAAUUCCAAGGCAACUUAAUUCGGAUUACUCGAAAGCUAUUAUUCUUGCAACUUUGAAGGAGUUUAACGGAGAAACUCUCAAUGAUUUUCUUGCUAGAGCCUUUAAAAUACUACAGAGGAAAGCCGAAUUAAAUGAUUUCAAGUUUAUGAUACCACACGUUGGUUGCAGCCAUUUCAUGGCUAUAAUGCAUCGAAAAUUAAAAGGAAUAAUUAAGGCUAAAAAGGAGCAAAUGCAACCAAAAAUCAAGAUAUCUGGUAUAGUUUUAACAUGUACUGUGUGUCAUUACUGGUAA